AUGGGGUGGUUUGCGGGCAGGGUGGAAGACCUGAUCCAGUACUCGGGACAGCGCUGGUGUCCUGUCCGCCCUGGGAACAUCGCAAGUGGAAAGAGAAAAGGGCCCCAGGAUGGAAGCCAGCAGCCAGCGCAGCCCGAGAAAGUCGGCUGGGUCCGGAAAUUCUGUGGGAAAGGCAUUUUUCGGGAAAUUUGGAAGAACCGCUACGUGGUCCUGAAAGGGGACCAGCUGUACAUCUCGGAGAAGGAGGUGAAAGAUGAGAAAAACAUUCAGGAAGUGUUUGACUUGAACGAUUAUGAGAAAUGUGAAGAACUCAGGAAAUCUAAAAGCAGAAGCAAGAAGAACUACAGCAAGUUCUUGCUCACGCACUCCAAGGAGCCCGGGAACACAGCACCGAACCUCGUCUUCCUGGCUGUGAGUCCCGAAGAAAAGGAGUCCUGGAUCAACGCUCUGAACUCGGCCAUCACCCGGGCCAAAAACCGCAUCUUGGACGAAGUCACAGUAGAGGAGGAAAGCUACCUUGCACACCCAACGCGCGACCGAGCAAAGAUCCAGCACUCCAGGCGGCCCCCGACAAGGGGGCAUUUGAUGGCUGUGGCAUCUACCUCAACGUCUGAUGGCAUGCUGACCCUCGACUUGAUCCAGGAAGAGGAUUCUCCCCCGGAAGAUCAUGGCGCCUGUGAGGAGAACUUCCGGGUGGACUUAGACAAAUCAGUAGCUCAUUUGACGGCUGGGCGACGGCGUUCAGAUUCGGAAAACAUCAAAGCACCGGAAAGGAGCCAGACCGGCAGCCUCACGCGGCGAGAGGUGACCUCCUGGGAGGAGUUCUCCCAACGCAAUGAGGCCUUCGAAAAAGGGACCAUGUACACCCCCCAGGUCCCAAAGAAGCUCACUCACUCGGAAAAGAACAAGUGUGCCUCCAUGGAGGAGAUCUUGUCCUGUCGGGACUCUUCCUCUGCACACCGGGCGGUUCUCAGGAAGGGCUUCGAGGAUCAGAUCGCCUCGGCUGAGCCGGAGCAGCUGAAUCGAAUACAAGAACUUGUUGCAUUGAAACUUGAAAAAACGCAGGAACUGCUAACUGAGGUGAGGGGCUAUGGGGAAGAGAAGCGGAAGGGGAAAGAGUCCGGCCCAGCCACCCCGACGGCCACUUCAUCCGCCUCCUCCUCCUCCUCGUCUUCCAAGCUGGACUCCAAGGCCAUCUUGCAGGAGACGGAGAGGCUGCUGGGAGAGGCUUCGUCAAACUGGAGCCAAGCGCAGAAAGUUCUGCGGGAACUCACAGAGCUCAGAGACCUGUACAAACAGCUCGAACCGCAGCUCUCGGAUCCGAAAACCAGACAGAACGUGCAGACUCAGUACAGGAAAAGCCUGAUGUGAAGGCAAGGUGUUGGGCUCGAGGUGGGAAGGAGGUGAGGGGUUGUAGGGCAACUAAGAACAGAGCGAUGGAGUUUGGGGGGGGGAGUGUCCUUUUUAAAAAAAUUACGGCAUUUGCUGAUUUUGAGAUCGUUGUUGUCCUCCAGUCCUUAUUCUUUCUCCAUUUCCUCCCUCUUGUGUUUCCUUUAACACAUUCACGUUUCGUUAUCUAGCCGUAAAUGAGCACAUUCCAAUAAAUUAGUUUUAUCCAUCCUUUUUGGAAA